AUGCUCAUAGCUGCACGUGCUUUGCAGGGGCUCGGUGGAGGUGGCAUUAUAACUCUUGUUGAGAUUUCUGUAGGAGAUAUGUUCAGUCAAAGACAAAGAGGAAUUUUCUAUGGUAUAUAUGGAGCUGUUUGGGCAUUUGCAACUGCAAUUGGACCUAUCAUUGGUGGUGCAUUUACCGAAUAUGUAUCAUGGAGAUGGUGCUUUUGGUUCAAUUUGCCAUUUGAUGGACUAUCCCUUAUCAUUACAUUUCUCUUUCUCCAUAUCCACAAUCCGAAGACUCCUCUUGUCGCAGGCCUCAAGGCCAUUGAUUGGAUUGGAUCGAUACUCAUCGUUGGCGCAACUCUCAUGUUCCUGUUCGGCUUGGACUUCGGAGGCGUGACCUAUCCCUGGAAGUCUGCACUUGCCAUCUGCCUCAUCGUUUUCGGACUUGUGACUUAUGCUGUUUUCGGGAUAUACGAACGUUUUGCCAAGUAUCCAAUUAUUCCUCGCCGUAUCUUCGGAAAUGUAUCACUCAUCUCCACAUUUGCCGUUGUUUUCUGUCACAGCGCUUGCUUUAUCGCACCUGUCUUCUUCCUUCCGCUAUACUUUCAAAGUGUUCUUGGAGCUACACCAAUUCUUUCCAGUGUCUGGCUACUUCCUAUCGCUCUUUCAUUUACGGCCUCUGGAAUCAUCAUGGGUAUUCUAAUUCAACGCACCGGACAAUAUCUGUGGAUUAUCCGGGGAACAAUGGCACUUUUGAAUCUGGCACUUGGCAUCAUGAUUACAUUCGGUCCUACUCGCAGCUGGGGCAAAAUCGUCGUCUUUCAAAUCCUGCUUGCGUGGGGAAUUGGCGCUAAUAUGCAAACUCUUGUAAUUUGCGUGCAAGCUCUCGUCGCGCCGGAGGAUAUCGGGGUAGCAACCGGUACUUUGAAUUUUAUCCGAAAUCUUGCUACUGCGAAUAGUGUUGUGCUUGGUCAGGUGGUCUUCCAGGGCAUUCUCAAACACCAUAAGGGAGAAUUGCUCGCAGUUGGUAUACCUGAGGAUAGUGUGUCAAAACUUCUGAAUGGCGGUGUUAUAGGUGGUUCUAAUAUUGCAAGUACUUUCACCUCAGCACAGAGUUCCGCUUACAGAAGUGUAGUUGCAGAUGCACUGUCCAAAAUGUGGAUUUUGUAUACUUGUAUCUGUUUUCUUGGCUUAGUCAUUUCAUUUGGUAUCCAAAAGAAAGAGCUCAUGACGGUGCAUGAGAUAACUAAGACGGGCCUGGAGGCGGAGGAGGAGAAGAGACAGAAGAACUUGGGGGCUAAAUCAAGAGAAGAACCUUAA